UUACAAUUAUUUGUGUCUAGGUAAUAAAUACAAGAAAUGAAUGGAUUGAUUCCAUACCAGAGCCUGAAAAUGGGAUGGUCAUUCAGUUUAAAUAUCCUGAUGGUGGCUUAAAAAGGAGGUGCUUCCUACCAAGUCAGCUAUUUCAGGAUUUAGUUGCCUUUGCAGGUAAUGUAGACAUGGCCAGUGAAAUAUUUUCACUCCAGAAAGCUAUGUCUCCUAUCUCAAUCCUGAGUACCCAAAGAGGUUCACUAGCAGACAAUGGAAUCACUGCACAGUGUACUUUGUACAUUCUGUGGAUGUCAGGGGAUGAAGUGGAGAAUAUUAUAUCAAAUUCAUCCAUAGCAUGUGGCCCAUUCCCAGGUGCACCAUCUACCACCUUUUCUACUGCUCCUUCUCCGCCCACCACGAUCACCACCUGUUCUCCUGCCCCCUCUUCACCCAUCCCAGCCCCCAUAUUUUCUCCUGCUCCUUCUCCACCCACCACAAUCACCACCAUUUCUCCUGCUCCCUCUUCACCCAUUGCAGCCCCCAUAUUUUCUCCUGCUCCUUCUCCAUCCCAGAGUCCUUCAUUCAGUCCAUCAAGCCCAGACCAGGAGGAUAUUGAAGAAGCUUUUGACAUUUCUGCUGCACUGCAGACUCUGAAGGCAAGGGUUUACCAUCUUGCUCCUACUGCCAAUCAAAUAAACGUUCUUCGUGAUGAAGAGUUUGAAUGUGCUCUAAGAGCUUUCAACAGGCCAACCUUUGACCCGGAGUCAAAACUAGACAUCGUCUUCAUUGAUGAGGAUGGUCGAGGAGAAGGGGCCGUAGAUGAUGGUGGGCCUACCAGAGAGUUUUGCAGACUGCUUAUGGGAAAACUACAAGGGCACCAAAUAUUUGAAGGGCCUCCAGAAGAACGCACCCUUGCACUUGACAGCAUUGCACUUCACACCAACACCUACAAAAGCGUGGGACAGAUGUUGUCUGUUGCCUGAUCCACGGGGGAGUGUCACCUAACUUCUUUUCAAAAAGGCUUUUCAGCCAAGUCUUUGGUUUACCAUCUGGCCCAGCAACCAUUGAGGACGUGGUAGACCAUGGUCUCAGAGCUAAACUGGAGAAGAUAAACAGUGCAGAUACGCUUGAUGAUGCCAGGGAGGCUGUUAGUGAAACUGCUGAAGAGUUGGCGCUGAUGGGAGCUCUACGGCACCUCAGAUCCUUGGAGCACAGGAAGGAGUUGAUGGAAGCUGUUCUUCAGUUUUACUGUGAAGGCCGAAUCAAUGCAGCCCUCACACAAUUUAAAGAUGGACUGACUACACUUGGGGUCCUUCAGAUGGUAACCUCACACCCUCAAGCUUUUGAAAAAGUCUUUCUUUACGACCCAGCGCCACUGAAGGCCAGCGAUAUUGUGGAACUUUUCCAUGCCAGGUGUCGAUCUUUGCCAGCAUCAAACCGAAGGCGGUUGGAAGCCAGGACCAUUGCCUUCUGGAAAGAUUGGCUCCUAGAGGUUGAAGGUGGACUUGCCCAUCCAAUAACUCUUGAGCAUGUGCUCAUUUUUGCCACUGGCCUUCAACGAAUCCCAGCAGUGGGUUUUCCAAUGCAGCCAGAGCUGGCAUUUUUGCACCCAGAUGAUGGACUAGCGAGGUUUCCAAAGGCCAACACAUGUUCACUGGUUCUUCACUUACCUGUAGGCCAGACUUACACUGAAUUCAAAAAUAACAUGGAGCUUGGACUAGGCUGUGCUUCCCAGUUUGGGGAGGCCUGAAGUUUUAAAAUACAUUUUUUGAUAAUUCCAAGUGAUUCUAAAACUUGUUUUUGUUUACAGAAUGCUUUUGAAGUAUUUUAUAUAUUAAAUUGUAUUUGGUUUGUUUGUCAGUAAUAAACCUUACGAGUGCUUGCUUAUUCUAAAA